AUGGUGUCCAAACUUGUCAAAGUUGCCGCUGUGCAAGCCGCUCCGGUAGCGUUUGAUCUGGAAAGAAGCCUUGAAAGGGUCGCGAAGUUCACCGCAGAGGCUGCGCGGUCCGGCGCCGAUCUUGUCGUGUUUCCCGAAGGCUUUCUCUCAGCAUAUCCUUGGCGUUAUGCAUUCGACGCUACGAUUGGCGCCCGAGAACCACGAGGUCGGAAGUGGUAUGCCAAGUACUACAACUCAGCUAUCAGUCUCUCAUCUCCAGAGUUCGGCAAUCUGCGAAGCAUCGCGGAGCAGAAUAGCGUCUUCCUGUCAGUGGGAAUCAUUGAGAAAGACGGUGCGACUCUGUAUUGCACAGCAGUACUGAUCGACAGAGGCGGAGAGCUAUUAUCUGCGCACCGCAAGCUCAUCCCGACCGCUGCUGAAAGGCUAGUGUGGGGCCAAGGGGCGGGCGAUGGGUUGAAGGUCAUCGAUACUGAGCUCGGCAAGGUCGGCGGUCUGAUAUGCUGGGAGAACUAUAUGCCGGCAGCGCGAUUGACCUUGUAUCAGCAGGGAAUCGAGAUCUACAUCGCACCCAACGCGGAUGACCUUCCCAGCUGGGUUGCUUCUAUGCAGCAUAUCGCGAAGGAGGGCCGAUGCUUCGUCAUCUCCGUCAACCAAUUCUGCAAAGUGUCCGACUUCCCUUCAGACUACCCACCCUUCACGCCGGAACACCAUGAUCGCCAGUCUGAUGGCUCACCGUGGACCCCUGAAGCGGUUCUCAGCCAUGGCGGAUCGUGCAUUGUCGGCCCUCUGGGAACGUUCUUGGCCGAGCCUGUAUGGGAUAGGGAGGAAAUUGUCUAUGCCGAGUUGAACAGAGACGAGCUUAUCGAGUCUAGGAUGGACUUUGACGCCGUCGGCAGUUACGCAAGGCCUGAUAUCUUCACCCUGACUGUAAAUGCAAAGCCUGUAGCAAACGUCUCGUUUGAAUGA